GUCUCUCUGCUGCUCCACAUCCUGUGUGAGGGAGAGGCAGCAACCACCACGGCGCGCUUCACUCCCGGAGUCUACUCCAAACACGUUUUACGCACGUGUAUUUCCUCGUUUUUUUGCGUUUCAUCUUCGAUUUACUCACUUCUCCUUUGUUGAGAGAGAGGAAACGAAGUUUAUUAUGACGUUUGGGAGAAGUGGAGUGAAGUUGCGGCUCAAGGAACGCUUUGACACGCGUCUUUAGUCUUUUCUCUGCGCUUUAGCUGAUUUUAGUUUUAAACAAAUAUUCUUUGACACAUCACAUUCGAGUGGCUGAUUUUGCUUCAGAAAGAGGAAUCAGAGGGAGAAAUCCGUGAGAAAAAAACAAGAUAAGGUCAAUAAAAUCUGAAAUCCGUCAUGCUUAUGUGAAAGUUUCCCCCAUCCGAAUUGGUUUCGUUCGGAAAAGGGGAGACUUUGAUGGAGUUUUUAUGUGGGACCCGCUAGGAUGGACGUGGUAGAUGAAACAGAAGCGUUACAGAGGUUCUUUGAAGGUCAUGAUAUUACCAGUUCUCUGGAGCCAGCCAACAUCGACACCAGUAUCCUGGAAGAGUACAUCAGCAAGGAGGACGAUAGCACUGACAUCUGUUUCACAGAGGUCCACAGCACCCCGGGACCAAAUUACUCAUCUCCACAGGCAGGAGUGUCUUCCUCUGGAGGAUUGGCUUGUGGUGUGAGCCCCCCUAUCCCAUUACGCCAAGGAGCGCCCCCUCCUGGGCCCUCCAGCUGUCAGAACAUCUACCCCCAGGGUCCAGCUGUGAGCCUCCGACACGGCUACCCCUGUCUGGGGCAACAGCAGCAACAGGCUCACAUCAAGCCUGAACACAGGGGCCACUACGCUCCAGGAACUCUACCAGAAUCUCCACCUGAUUCCAGCUCAGAGCCAUAUUCUCCUCAACAGGUGAAUGAUCCUCACAUGAUCAGGACCAUGACUCCAGAGAACAUGUGUCACAUGGCUCCGACGCCACCGCUCCCACCUCAUGGGCAUUAUCCCAGCAUGCAUCGGGACAUGUACCUGAAGCCGGAGCCCGUGAUAUCACAGUACCCGAUUGGACCUGCCACGAGCGGUAGUGGAGAUGUGCAGCAGACCCAGAUGCUCCAUCAGCUGCUGCAGCAUCCUCAGGGAGACGACAGCAUCCCUGCUCAUCAAGCUAAGAAGAGGAAGCACUCUGACUCUCCCAACAGCACCUUGAAUUCCCAAAUCCUCACAGGUAUCAUCAAACAAGAACCAGGAUUGAUGCAGGAUGUGGACAACUCUUUCCUGGACCCAAACUACCAGUGCAUCAAGUGGCAACCUCACCAGCAGAACAAGUGGACCCCGCUGUAUGAUGCCAACUGCAAAGACCUCCCAAUGCCAACCUACCGAGUUGAUGCUGACAAAGGCUUCAACUUCUCCUUGGCUGAUGAUGCGUUUGUGUGCCAGAAGAAAAACCACUUCCAGGUCACCGUCUACGUCGGAAUGCUCGGAGACCCCAAGUACAUCAAGACAAAUGAAGGCCUGCAGCCCAUCGACUGCUUUUACCUCAAACUUCAUGGAGUAAAGGUGGAAGCUAUGAAUCAGUCCAUCAGUGUGGAGCAGUCCCAGUCCGACCGCAGCAAAAGGCCCUUCAAGCCGGUUCUCGUCACAUUGCCAUCAGAGCAGGUCACAAAAGUCACAGUGGGGAGACUCCACUUCAGUGAGACUACAGCAAAUAACAUGAGAAAGAAGGGCAAACCAAAUCCAGACCAGAGGUAUUUCAUGCUGGUGGUGGCGCUGCAUGCACAGUCCCACAGUCAGAGCUACACUGUGGCUGCUCAUGUCUCUGAGAGGAUCAUCGUCAGGGUAACGUCUGGCCAUGCAUCCAAUCCAGGCCAGUUUGAAAGUGACAGCGAGGUGCUGUGGCAGCGAGGGCAGCUGCCAGACUCGGUGUACCACCACGGCAGAGUCGGAAUCAACACCGACCGUCCAGACGAGGCCCUCGUUGUCCAUGGCAACCUGAAAGUCAUGGGCUCCCUGGUCCAUCCGUCUGACAUCAGAGCAAAAGAAAAUGUCCAAGAGGUCAACACUACGGACAAUUUAAAACGAAUUUCUCAGAUGAGGUUGGUCCAUUACCAAUACAAGCCUGAGUUUGCUGCCACGGUGGGCAUAGAGGACACUGCAGAGACUGGUGUGAUUGCUCAAGAGGUUCAAGAGAUUUUACCUGAAGCAGUGAAGGAGGGGGGUGAUGUGGUGUGUGCCAAUGGAGAAACUAUCCCCAACUUGUUAGUUGUCAAUAAGGAGCGAAUCUUUAUGGAGAAUGUCGGAGCUGUGAAGGAGCUCUGCAAGCUGACUGACAACCUGGAGACUCGAAUAGACGAACUGGAGCGAUGGAGUCGCAAACUGGCCAAACUGCGUCGACUUGACAGCAUGAAGAGCUCCGUGAGUGGAGGCACUGUGAGCCAAUCAGGAAGUUAUUUUAGCAGAACAGGAAGUGGCCCACUCAAGAAAAAGACAGUUAAACCAGGGAGCAAGAGCUCACCUCUGGAUCAGGGCUGCAUCAGUCAGAGGUUCAUGCAAGGGGCCAUCCUGGCUCUGGUCAUUGUGAUGGCCUUCAGCGUCAUUUCAAUGUCUGUGCUUUAUGUCCUCACACUUCACCACAGAGGAGAAGUCACAGAGAAAGAUGGCUUUGUUCCUUCCUGUGUUCUUUACAUCUCUUGGAUGCCCAUCUUCUCUGCCACUGUCAUUGUCUGUCCUCCUGACUGCAAAUGGUCAAGAGCCGCUCUGGGAUCCCCCCGCAGGAGUCCAUACACCCCACUCUCUACCACACCUUCACCAGCAUGCUGUUCAACCACAGCUCUAAACAACCAGUCAGCAACUGCUUCAACGCUGAAUAACAACCAAACCACACCUGGUUUAAGUAGUCUGGUUCCCACACCAGGCACCAUUAUUAAGAAGGCAAAGUCCAGGCCAAUGGACAAAGACGGACACAACAGAAAUCGCCUCAGUCACACAUCCGCACCCAUGUACUUUUCCAAGUCCAAAAGGCCUGUCUCCACAGACCCAGAAGGGGCAGGAACCACCAAUCGUUUCCCUCAGGGGCAGCCGCCAGUACCACGCAGACAACGGAGCCUAAGUGCAAAGGGAACAACAAAUGCUCCUUUACUCACUAGUGUUUCCGUUGUGGAAACAAACCAAGACAUCUCUGCACAAAGUUGUGCAACAGCGAACACCUGCAGCUAUACGAUAUCACUUCAUGGACAAAGAAAUGUCUCCAUCUCACAAAUUACAUUACACAUGAUCUCUAUGAAGAGUGUGUGGAUGCAACAGUGCGGAGCCACCAAAAGACGUUUAUGUCCCAGCCACACAGAGACGGAGCUCCAAACUGAUAACAGCUCAGCAGCAAAGGGCACUCAUCACCUCUGGUCAGUGUCUGUGUCAUCCUUCAGGGAGAUCACUUACCACUUCAGAGUCUCUCAGUCCAGUGAAGUCACGUGUGCCACAGAGGGAAAUAUCUCAUCGUACUCUGAUUACCAUUUCAUCAUUCAAAGCAGCUGUGUGUGAGGAGGAAGAUGACAUGUCCUGCUAUCUUCACACUUCAUUGUAUAUUCCCAGAUGUGACUGACUCCAGUUGUACAGUGUUGUGCAGGCUUUUUUUUUAUUUUUAUUUUUUUAUUGUACAUUAUUUUAAAGAUAUUCAUAGAGGAAAGUAUUUACUGUCCAAACUGUAUUCCCCUCAAAAAUAUUUGCAUUGAUGUCUCUUUUUUUCUUGUAAUCACUGGAUUAUAACACACUGGAAUAUUUCAGAUUACUGCAGCUGACACUGUUAAUUUCCACUGUAAACCCAUUGUAUAUAAUUCUAUAGCUCCCUUUGUUAUUGAUCACUAUGUCUUCCAUCUUUUAUGAAAGCCAUAAUUACUUGCAAGGAUGAGACAUUGCACACACGUUUAUUUUGUGAUACUAGGUGCACACUGAAACCGCUGCCUGUAACAGUAGACUUAUACACUGAAAAGGAGGCCUUCCACUAAAUCUCUCCUAUAUUAAAUAUACCUCAGUAGUGCAAUCUUUGGUUUCUGCAGGAGCUUUGUGCAUCUUCAUGCAACACCUAAAUUGGAAUUAGAAUAAAACAUAAAAUUAGACAGACUGUGUGCACAUUGCUCCUUUGCAUUUCUGAAAGGUUACUACUCCAGAGCCAAACCCAGUUAUUAGUAAUUACUAAAACAAACAUUAAGACUGGACAAGUGAAGAAAUCCCUGGUAAUAAAGGUGUAUCUUACUGGAAAAGCAUCAAGUCCUACACUGAUGAUAUUUCAAAAUACACUGGAAUAGCUCACACUGUACCCUGUUAACUGGACAAUGCUGGUAAAGCAUGAAAUAUCAUUUCAGGUGCAGGCCCAAUCAUCUAUCCAAAAUGAUACAGCACAGCAUAGAGAGAAAAUCUAUUUUUGAUCUUUUUUUUUUAACAAACUUGAUUUAUUCGGAUGUCAACAUGAAAAUUUUACACUUUCUAUUUCAUGCAUUUCUUUUGAUGUUUUUAAAAUUACCUCUGUUUCUACAGCACUAAACCUAUGCAACAAUAACACUUUUAAUAUUACUGAUUUGUGUAAUGUUUUAUUUUUGUAUUUUCUUGUUUAAAAAGCAUGUUCUUCUUAUAUCAAGUACAAUGCAUUGAUACAAAUUUUUAAUAAAUCCAUAUUCAACUUGUGCCAUUGUUUAGAAGUAAUCUGAACUCAAAUAAAACUAAUAUACAGGAAGAACAGCCAUCCCACAAGAUUAUAGCAUUUAUAAUGAAAUUAGCGCCAUUAUGGCUGCUCUGGUGACUGCCUGUACCUGUUUUUGUCUACAAGUGUGUGUGUGUGUGUGUGUGUGUGUGUGUGUGUGUGUGUGUGUGUGUGUGUGUGUGUGUGUGUGUGUGUGUGUGUGUGUGUGUGUGUUUGACCUUGGUCAGGUUGUGUUUGCGGAGUCAAGUUCCUAUGCUCUGGGUUGCUGGAGCACUGGCAAUAAAGCGUAUUCUUCUUAUUCUUCUUAUAUUGAAAUGAAAACCCUGUAUGAUACUUUUGCCUUACACUGUACUGUUUUAGCUUAUUUAAAGUGCACCAGCUAGCAUAAAUAAAUCACAAUAGCACUUUUAUUCAUUGUACAUAUGAAUUGCAUUUGUUUUAUCCCAUGCAUCAAAGUGGAGUCAGAUACCCUGGUACAUUACAUGUAACUGUUCUGCAUCCUUUAUAUUUGAUGUGCAGUAUUGUUUAUUUCUAUUGACUUUUUUUAUCAAUAAUAUAUUAACUUUUAGCUUUUGGAGUCAAGAAAUAACUGAUAAGCGCAAGAGAAUAUCUAGAUGCACAUUUGCAAUUUUAUUUCAAUUUAGAGACAAUAAAUACUUAAAACUCAGGCUUCAGUAAUAUUAUCACUCAUAAGCCAAUUUAUUGAUGCAUUUUCAAACUUUCUGUCCUUUUUUUCUGUAAUACUUUAAUUGCAUGAAUUAAAAAUUGGUUGUCAUUGCACAGUGAA